AUGCAGCGGAACACGGUGGUCGUGGUGGCGGAUAAAACCAGCCUCAAGAGGCCCUUCAUAUUCGCCUGCGCCGUCAAUAUGGCUUUGUGCUUCUUCAUGCUGACCACUGCCCACCGAGACCUCCUGCAAGCAGGCCAGCUAGUCUCCUACGUGUCAGUGGUGAUUUUGUACAUCCUGGAGGUCGUCUGCCUGCUGCUGUCUAUGCUCGGCGUAUUUGGCGCCUGCACAGGGAGGAGGUGGUGUUUAAUUCUGUUUGCUGCUGGGAUGGCAGCAGCCAGUCAAACAAUCAUUGUCAAAACAGCACUGAGCUACCAGGACAUUUACGAGACUGGGGUGGCAAGAGAAGAGUCCAAGUUGCUGUCCAUGAUGCCUUUGAGUGCUCCCAGUAAAGUCAACCGGACUUUACUUCAUAGUAUUCAAGCACAUUUUAAAUGCUGUGGACUCAUAGAAGGCUACAAAGACUGGGGAACUGCUAUCCCCGCUUCUUGUCAUUGCCAGUCGCCUGGGAAAUGCAUCAGAUUGCGAGGAAGCGCCACUCUGGGAGCUCCAAAGAACCAAUAUGUCUAUCAAGAGGCUUGCCUACCAAUUUAUGUUUCAGUAUUGAAGCGAGCAUUCUCCCUAUCCAUGGGAAUUAAAUUUGGAAGUGGAGUAUUUUGGGCUGUUCUGCUAGUGAUGAGCCUGAAUCUUAUGGUGCAGAUGAAGCGCAAACAGGAGUUCAUGGCUCUCCUCCAGUCUAAUCGAUAUGUCCCCGGUGCUUUCUAG